AUGAAGGAACAUGUUACGGUUUCUACAUCAGAUCAUGACCAAGAGGCUGGGCAGAGAUCAGUGAAUGUAUUCUGUGUUUUGCAGGACAAGGAUGGUAAUGAGGAAGAGGAGGUAGACUGUAGAGAAAUAAAGAGUUCUGAAACUAAGCUAAAAGGGAAUAAAGUUCAGGAGUUGAUGGACAAAAAAUUUGCUAAUUGGGAGUUCUAUAACAGUCUUAUUGUUGAGGGCAGGUUGUUGAUUAUAUGGAGGAAGAGCUUUGUUAGAGUUUUGGUAAUUGUUGAAUCUGCUCAGCAUGUUCAUUGUGUGGUUAAAAUGGCUGGUCAAGUUAAUGCUUUCUGUCUCACUUUUGUUUAUGGUUUUAAUGAUAUUGAAGACAGGAAGAUUCUAUGGAAAAAUCUGGUGCAGCUCAAUUUUCCAGUGUCUCCUUGGUUAAUUCUUGGGGAUUUUAACUCAGUCUUUUAUGUUGAUGACAGAAAUGGAGGGAAUCCCAUUUCGCAUACUGAAAUGGUUGACUCUAAUCUCUGGUUAGCUCAAUCUAAUGUUGUAGCUCUCAAAAGAUUUGGUUCGACUUUUACUUGGACUAAUAACCAAGUUGGCUCUAGUCGAAUUUACUCCAAGAUUGAUCAUGCAUUUGUCAAUGAGGAGUGGCAUGAUUUCUUUCCUAACACAGCAGCUCGGUUUAGUUGGGAAGCAAUAUCAGAUCAUUUUUCUUGUGCUGAUCAUCAUGACUUCAAGACCAUUGUGGAGCAGAGUUGGAAGAGGCCAGUGACUUCUAGAGGGCUAAAAGGGAUAUACAUAAAACUAAUGAGAGUUAAGCAUUGCCUCAAGAAGUUUAAUCAUGAAGUGAUUGGAGAUAUUGGGAAAAGAUUUCAGGAUGUGAAAUCUAGUUACAGUGAGGCUAAAUUUCAAGCGCAAGCUCAUCCUAGAGACAAGACUUACCAGGAUAUUGAAGCAAUUGCAGCUGCUAAAUUUGAUUUGCAAGAGAAAAUGUAUCAUAAGUUUCUCAGCCAGAGAAGUAAAAUCACCUGGUUGCAAAAAGGAGAUUCCAAUACAUCUUACUUUCAUGCGUGUCUGAAGAAGAGAAUAAUGGAAAAUAAAAUUACAUCUUUCAUGACAGAACAAGGUUUGAUUAAUGAUAAGUUUUCUGAUGUUGUGGAGCAUUUUCUCAAUCAUUUUCGAAGCUAUAUGGGCAGCAAUAGUUCUAAAGCGAUGUUUAGCAUUCCUGAUACUAAAUCACCAGGUCCUGAUGGAUUUGGGUCUGGUUUUUUCAAGAGUAUGUGGCCUGUUAUUGGGGGAGAAGUCUGUGCUGCAGUUGCUAAUUUUUUUGAGACUGUUUACAAAUGCAUCUCUAAGCUUCUUUGUUCUAGACUUGCAACAGUCCUUCCUAGUCUGGUUCAUCAAAAUCAAGGAGCAUUUUUCCAAGGGAGAUCAAUUGCUCAUAAUGUGAUGAUUCUUCAAGAUAUCUUGAAGAAUUAUAGGAGGAAAAAUACUUCUCCCCGCUGCACUAUUAAGAUUGAUAUCAGUAAGCUGGUUAUGAUUUGUAUCAAGAGCACAUCUUACUCACUUCUAAUUAAUGGCAGAAAACAAGGUGGUUUUCAAGGUGCUAAGGGUCUUCGUCAAGAUGAUUUGAUUCUUCUUAGCAAAGGUUCCAAACAAUCCAUAAAAGUUCUUAAAGAAGUCCUUGAUGGGUUCAGCACUUCAACUGGGCUUUUUAUCAAUGUUAGUAAGUCUCAAAUAUUUUUUGGAGGGGUUGAUGCCAGGGAGAAAAGGGAGAUCAUUAAGGAUAUUGGUUUGGCUGAAGGUUGUUUCCCUUUAAAGUAUUUAGGGGUUCCUUUAAGACCAACUAAAUGGAAAGCUGAAGAUUGUGGGAUUAUCAUUAAAAAAAUCAGAUUGAGACUUAAUACUUGGGGAAGUAGGCACUUGUCUUUUGCUGGCAGAGUUCAAUUAAUUCAUUCAGUAUUACUUGGUCUUCGUAAUUAUUGGAUGAGCAUUUUCAUCCUUCCUCAAAGUGUUUCUAAAGAGGUUGAGAAACUUUGUAGAGGUUUCCUUUAG